GGGAGAAUAGAAAAGGUCUACGGCUACUCCUCUUCCCCAAAAGAAAAGAAUUCGAAAUUUGAACAGCCACAUACUACAACUGUCCUUCCAAAACAAGACUCCAUAAACAUUUCUCAUUGUUCUAGGGUUUGAUGUUUGAAAUUGUUUCCGUUAAGCUUUUACUGUACAGUAAAAAAUGGCGAAGAAGGUCGGAAGGUCGGAAUGUGUUACCCCAUUGAUAAUUGAUUUAGCUUCUUCAUCUUCUUCUGAUGAAGGAAGUCCAUUGAGGCCCAUAUUUUGCCUAAAAAAGAGAGAGCAAUUGAAGGAAUUUGAAGAGAAAGAGGAGUGUUUUAUACUUGAUUUUGAUCCUUACGACUCAGUGGAUAUCUCAAAGCUUUCUUUUUGUGAGAAUGAUGAUGCUCCUGAUAUCUCAGUUGUCUCUGAAAAAGGCCAGGUGGCAUGUCGAGAUUUUCCACAUCCAAGGCAUGCUUGCGCCAAAUAUCCUUUUGAGAAGACAGCUCACCAGACCCACUGUGAAAUGUGUUAUUGCUUUGUAUGUGAUGUUGCUGCUCCUUGCACAUCCUGGACUGGGGCUUCAGCCCAUUGCCAUGCAAUGAAUAAUGAGGCUUGGAAGACUCUGAGGAACAAGUUACUGAAAAAUUAGUAUUUUCUACCAUGUAACUUCCCUAGAGUUAUAAUAUUGUGCAAUUGGAUCUCUGGCUUGUUGAAACAGCGUCGUUAACUGCAGUAUAGUUAUCUACCUAGUUAUGAUCUGGGAUUAAGCUGAAUACGACGUCUGUAUUCAAGUGUCUCUCAAAAUUAAGCUGGUCUUUUUUUGUAGAUAUUUUGCCAAGUUAUGUAUAUUAGAUGAAAAACGGUUGAAAUGGAGUUAACCAGUAAAUGCUUCAAAUUCAGUAGAAACUGAUUUUAACCUGCA